GAUAAAGAUAAGUUUUAUAGAUUAUUAUCAAUAAUAUCUAAUUAAAUGAAAAUUUUAGAAUAAAAUGACAUGAGACAACUGGAGUGUGAACUAGCGUUGCUCCAAAAGCCAGAUGGAUCUGCUCUGUUUCAACAAGGUGACACCAAGGUGACGUCAGGAGUAUAUGGUCCUGCUGAAGUGAAAGUCAGUAAAGAACUCAUCGAUCGAUCCUAUCUAGAAUGUAUUUUGAAACCAAAGUCUGGAAUGUCAGGCGUGAAAGAAAAGGCCUUAGAAGAAUUCAUGACACAUGCUUGUCGGGAUAUUUUAUUGUCGGCACUACAUCCUCGAUCAGCUGUUCAAAUCGUCAUGCAAAUCAUGCAUAAUGAUGGCUCGUUGCUCUCAACUUUGCUCAAUGCCGCCUGUAUGAGUAUGGUUCAUGCUGGUCUUCCAAUGCGUUGCAUGCUGGUAGCUGUGUGUUGUGUAAUUUCAAAAGAUGACCAAUACAUUGUCGAUCCAACAGCUGAGCAGGAAGUGGGCGCUCGAUGUACGUUCACCUUAUCGUUUGAGUCCAAAAAUAUCAACUUAAUUUCAUCGCACACGACAGGUCGCUUUACAAUAGAAGAGUACUUCAAGUGUUUGCAGUUAUCACGAGAGAGUGCGAAGCAAGUUUUCGAAUUUCAAAGAUCUUCAAUCCAUCGUUUUUUAUCGAGGGAUGUCGAAGAGACUAAUGAAGAAAUAAAUUCAGUUAACGAAGAAGAAAGAAGCGAAGAGUAGUUUCCAGCACAUGAAAGUUUAAAUCGUCUAAUCGAGAAAAACUCUUUAUAGACUUUUUUAUUUAGUGUAAUAAUAUACGUAUCUGAGGCGCCAACAUAGGGAUGUAUUCUAUAAUGCAUAAGGAAGAAAAUGUAUUUAUUUUAAGCUAUUCCAAUAUUUUCUUUAAUAAGCAACACCCUAUCAUGGUCAAUUUUUCA